AUGGCCCGUCUCACGCUGUUGGCCUUGUGCGGCGCAGCGCUGCUGGCCCGCCACACGCUGAACUUUGUGGCUGGCCGUGCCCCCGGGCGAGCGCCGCAAGUGAGCCGCAGAGCGGAGGCAGACGAGGAAGAGGAGCCGGAGUACGUGGCGGCAGAAGGGGACCGCCUGAAGCUGAAGGUCCUGUCCCCCGAGGGCGACGGCAUCUCUUUGGCCUGCUCCGAGGUGAUCCUGCCCUCCGCCUCCGGACAGCUCGGCGUUUUGGCCAAUCACGCCCCGAUGAUGUCAGCGCUUGACACCGGCGUGCUCCGGUACAAGGAGGAUGGCCAAUGGAAGCCCAUUGUGGUCAUGGGCGGCUUCGCCAGCAUCGAUGCCAACCAGCUCUCAGUGCUGGUGAACGACUUCGAGAAGGCGGAGGACAUCGACGCCGAGAAAAUGCAGAGUGAGAUGGAGGCGGCUACAGCUCUGCUGGAGAAGGCGGCAUCCAAGAAGGACAAACUGGAGGCCAACCAGAAGGUGAAGCGGGCUGCUGCAAGAAUGCAGGCUGCCAUGUUCCUCACAAGGAAGAAGUGA